GGCACCCGAGAAUUCCAAGCGACGAUUUCUGGCCUUGGAAAGAAGAAUGAGCAAGCAAGAAGACAUUCGGCCAAUGUAUAUUGACUUUAUGAAAGAAUACUUGGCCUUGGGUCACAUGAGCCCAACUAACAAUCAAAUUCCGAGAGAGCCGCAUUAUUUCAUCCCAUAUCAAUGCGUGCUAAGACCGCACAGCGCAUCCACUAAACUUCGAGUAGUGUUUGAUGCCUCUAGCAAGUCCUCCUCUCAAUUGUCGCUGAAUGAUCUACUCAUGGUGGGUCCGACCAUCCAGCCGCAGUUAUGGGAGACUUUGCUAAGAUUUCGACUUCGUCCUUGGGCUGCUACAGCAGACAUCGCUAAAAUGUACCGUCAAAUUGAACUUGACGAGUCCCACCGCAACUUUCAACUUAUUGUGUGGAGGGAAACGCCCACUGAUCCGUUACAAAUCUUUCGAUUAAACACAGUAACGUACGGGACAGCGACUGCUCCAUUCUUAGCAAUUCGAUGUUUAAAACAUCUAAGCGACUUGCAUGCUUCCACUCAUCCAGCUGCUGCAAGAUCGUUAGCCCGAGAUUUCUAUGUUGAUGACCUGUUGACAGGAGCAGAUAGCGUCGAAGAAUUGUGCUUGUUGCAUCGAGACUUGAUCGCAAUUCUUCAAAAGUUUGGAUUUCCUCUCACAAAAUGGUCGUCCAAUUGUAAACAACUCGCAGCACAACCAGCUAGAAACGAUAUAGUUAUUGGUCAUCAAGAGGACACAAAAACAUUGGGAUUAAUUUGGAAUCCAAUGAAUGACAGCUUUAGAUAUUCCAUGAACUGUCCAGUAGAAGUUCAACAGACCAAAAGAUCCGUUUUGUCAUUUGUAGCAAGGUUAUACGACCCCUUAGGUUUGUUAAGUCCGAUCGUAACUCGUGCGAAGGUCCUUUUACAGGAAAUGUGGUUGCACAAACUUGGGUGGGAUGACCAAUUGCCUGUUCAAAUGAGGCAAGAAUUUGAGGCAGUAACUAGCUGUUUCUCAAAUCUAAACUCGUUGCAUAUACCUCGUUACGUUGGCACACUUAAAUCGAAAGGAUGUCAAAUCCAUGGAUUUGCUGAUGCCUCAACGAGAGCUUACGGUUGUUGUUUAUACGUAAGAAUGCAAACAGAUAAGGGUAUCACUACCAGGCUGCUAGUCGCUAAAUCUAAGGUAGCGCCCUUGAAAACAAAAUCUGUUCCGCGGCUGGAGUUGUGUGCUGCAGAAUUGUUAGCUACCUUAUGGGAUGCGGUAAGGAAAGUACUUGAUUGUCCUAUUAAUCAAGUCACAUUUUGGUCAGACUCUGAGGUGGUGCUUCAUUGGCUGCGAAUGCAUUCAUCUAGCUUGAACACAUUCGUUGCUAAUCGCGUUGCAACCAUCCAAGAGUUGACAACUAAUGUAUCUUGGCGUCAUGUACCAACGAAAGACAACCCAGCAGAUAUUGUAUCUCGGGGAUGUUCAGUUGAGGAGCUUAAAACAUCAUUGUGGUUUUGCGGACCAGGAUUUUUAAAGCUCUCUGACACAUUGUGGCCAGCCAACCCACAAAUCACCCUAUCAAAGGAGUUAGAGCUGCUAGAGAAGCGUAGAACUGCAAUUACUAUGAUCGCGGUCGAUGAGGUAGCAAAUCCUAUCGUACAUCUUAUUGAGUCAACGUCAUCAUUUUCUAAGCUAAUCCGCAUCGUUGCCUAUAUGUUCCGCUUUAUCAAUGGAAAACAAGAAAGUCAUUCUUCACUUGUUCCUACAGCUUCUGAGUUAAGCUUCGCAUUCCUUGCAGUUAUAUCUGUAAUUCAACACAUUGAAUUCAGCGAAGAAAUAAAGAAAAUAAAGAAGUCAGUCGUGUUGCAACCGUCAUUGCAAAAACUGACACCAUUUUUGCACCCACAUCAGCAUGGCAGGCGUAUGUUAUGGUUGCUACGAGUAGGAGGUCGUUUAUUGAAGGCACCAUUAGCACAUAAUGCCAAAUUCCCAUUGUUGCUUCCAAAAAAUGUCGUUUCGUAACGCUUUAUUUGGAGCAUUUGCAUCGCUCUCAUUGCCACGCCAAUCCCCUAGUACUAAUGGGCCUGCUUCGUCAGCAGGUUUGGCUGGUCAAUGCUCGACAGGCUUGCAGUGCAGUAGUCCGAAAAUGUGUACAUUGUUUUCGCUACAAGCCGAAACUCUUAUCCCAAAUAAUGGGCAAUCUUCCCGCUGAUCGCUUACAUGGAAAUAGGCCAUUUGAGAUCAGUGGAGUGGACUUUUGCGGUCCAAUACUAGUUUCGCUGGGAAUUCGGGGCAAAUCGCCAGUCAAAAUGUAUAUUGCCAUAUUUGUUUGCUUUACUUCGAAGGCAGUGCAUCUUGAAUUAGUCACCGAUUUAACCACAAAUUCAUUUCUAAUGUGUUUAUCCAGGUUCGUUGGUCGACGUGGGCUUGUCCGGAAGCUGUACUGCGACAAUGCCACCAAUUUCGUGGGUGCUGCACGCACGCUGGACCUCAAAGCUACGUUCCAUGGCAACACAGCGGACAUGGAAAUGUUUGCUGCGGAGCGGGGCAUGGAGUUUGUAUUCAUCCCUCCUCGAGCACCGCAUUUUGGCGGCCUUUGGGAAGCGGCGGUGAAAUCCGCCAAAGGUUUGCUGCUGAAAGCGAUGGGCAGCGCUCGAUUACGGCAAGACGAGGUGGCCACCGUGCUGGUCGAGGUCGAGGCCGUGCUCAAUU